CUCGCGUGUGUUUUGCAUUUUUCAGCAGCAAUGUGGAUUUUCACAAAUUUUGCCGAAAAACGCCAAUAAGAAAAAACAAGUGCUUAAUUUAAAGAAAGUAGUGUAAAGCACAUAAACAGAAGUGCAUAAACAAAGUGUUGGAGUUGUGUGACAACCAGCUGGCGUGUACAAUUUUUAAGCUUUCCUCGCUUCCACAUUUAACGCAUUUACAUAACGUCUACAACAAAAAUAAAGUGCAAAUAAAUCAACAGCAAAAUGCCGAGACCCACGCGUACUGUGAAAGAGCAGGCCAAGGUGGAUUUAUCCAAAAUACCAGCACAUGUGGAACGUGUAAAUGUCAGCGGUUUGCUGCGCACACACAAUGACUAUGUGAUGAAGGCAGCCGAAGGACUGUUUAAAGCGCGAAAUUUUCAAGAUCUCAUGAUUGAAUCAAUGAACGCCAAGUCCUACCUACAUGAAUUGGGCAUUUUCAAGGAUGUGCAAGUGCGCGUGGAUGUGAGUAGGGGCGAGAAUGCAUCACCCAAUGGCUAUGAGAUUACCCUCAAGGGACAAGAAUUGUCGCGUCUUGUUGGCUCUGUGGGCACUGAGGUGGGACAAAAUGAGGGUUCACUACGCACCGAGCUGAGUAUACCGAAUUUGUUUGGACGCGGUGAGAGCGUGUCACUGCAAGGCUCCUAUGCCACAACACGCGCCAAUGAAUUGCAGCUGCGCUUCUGGAAGUCAUUCUUUCAUACGCGCUUCGUGGAGAAUCGUCCCGAAGUCUCCUUUUCGCUCUUCCGCCAUGUGGACCGCAUGGAUGUGAGCUCCUUUCAAAAUGCCAAUUUGGGUUUCGUUGCCGAUUUCUCAGUGAAUUCACUCUACCCCUUUGAGCUCACCCACUCUAUACAGUAUGAGGCGUCCAUACGCGAACUGUCACUGCUGGCGAAACAAGUGCCAUUCGCCAUACGUGAGCAUUGUGGUCCCAAAUUGGCAUCGCUGGUGCGUUAUUCGGUAGUUUAUGAUCAGCGCGAUAAUCCCGUAUUUCCCACACAAGGCCUAAUGUUGAAAUCGGUCAACGAGUAUUGUGGUUUGGGCGGUAAUGUGGCCUACAUGAGCAGCACGACACAUGGUGAGAUUAGUGUGCCAUUGGUUGCCGGACUUGUGGCACAAGUUUGUGGUCGCAUUGGUGUUAUUAAGGAGACGAAAAAUACAACAGUACUGCCAAUCAGUAGUCUAUACUAUUGUGGUGGUCCACUGACGUUGAGAGGUUUCAAAUACGGUGGCGCUGGUCCGGUGGUGGAUGGCACAUCCAUCGGCGCGCAGACUCAUUGGUGCACUGGCCUGCACUUGUGGGGCCCACUGCCAUUCAAUCAUGUUUUCAAGGGUUUGGCCAACAAUUUCCGUACACAUUUAUUCUACAAUUGUGGUGGCUUCAACUCAUUCUCAGCAGAAAACAUGCGCAGCGCUUUAGGUGUUGGCCUAGCAUUUAAAUUAGCCGAACGUGCACGCAUUGAAAUGAAUUACUGCAUACCCGUACGAAAAUAUGCGAGCGACAAGCCAGUGAAUGGUUUUCAAUUUGGCAUUGGCUAUGAAUUUGUCUAAAUUAAUCUAGUGGUGUGACACGCAAUCGUUGGAAGAACUGUCGGUUAGACUAGCAGCAAGCAAACACCACUAAAACUAAUACCAACACUACCAUUAAACACACACAUGCAGCAGCAGCAAGCCUUUCGUCGUUCACUAAUUUGUCUGUCGUUUGUCGUUUAGAUUAUUAUUAUCACUUUUUGUUGGCUGUUCAAAGACAUUAAUUGUUUAAUGUUUGUUAUUAUUAUAGUAAUUGUAAGUUAAAUAUUAAAAUCAAGCCUGGCAAAAGUCACGCUUACAUAUAAACACAACAUAUGACAUACAAAGCAUGUAAAUGAAAAACAAAAACAAAAGAUGAAGACGAAUUUUGGUAGUGUGCAAAGGGCAAAAGGCAAUGAGUGCUAAUAAAAACAAAAAAUUGAAAACACAAAAUGUGCAAAAAUACUUAAAAACGAAUACAAAUCUAUACUUAAAUUAUAAACGAAACAAAUAAAUAAGUUUAUGUUAAAAUAUCAAAUAAAUUUAAAAAAAAAAACAAAAAUUAAAAUGUAACAAAUACAUACAAAACGAAACUAAACUGCAUGUUUACAUUUGUUAAAAAUCCUCACAUAACGGGUUUAGAUAGUUAGCAAUUAGUUUAGAAAAAUUAGCAAUGUGACUAUCCGUUCAGUAGACGAGGGGUUGCGAAACUCAAGCAAGGUGAAAUUUAAUAUUUUAGUAGUGACCGCUGGCAGAUAAUUUCCGAAUAAGGUUGAAUAAUUGAUAGCAGGAAAACUUUAGAGAUUGUUUAGAAGAGUAGCACCCUAAUUUUUAUGUACAAAAAUAAAAUACCCAAAAAAUAAUCAAACAAAUCGAAAUGAGAACUAUAGUAGUUCAGUGUCAAUUACACCAAAAAACAAUUAACAAAAAAACGCACCUUCCACUCAACACCCCCCUCAAAACGAAACGAAGCGAAUGCACAAAACGUGUAUACAAUAAAAAAAAAAAGAAAAACUAGCCAAAACAAUUGCCAUCAAUCUAAAAAGUCAUAAAAAAGAAGAUAUUUAAUUUAUCAUAAAGAACAGGAUGGGUAAAAAUAAAGCCAACGAACUGACCCGACUCCCGCUAAGCGCAGCUAUUCUUGAUGCUAGGCGUGCAACAAAAGUAGGUCAGCGCGCUUCUUUUUUUUUUUGUUAUUUAGAGAACUAUUUAGACAAUUCGACAGCAAUU